AUGGCUGCCAGCAGCGAUCUCCGGGGAUGGAUUAUGAGUGCCGUCUCCGGUGUGGCCUGCGUUCUGGGCUCCUCCGUUAUCUGCAUCGAUGUACUCCUACGCCGCUUCUCCCACCGAAAGAACUUCCAAAUCGUGAACAAUAAUGCCUUUUUAUCUGCCUCAUUAGGCCUCAGUGCCGGCGUUAUGCUUUUUACCUCGCUCUAUAGCAUGCUUCCCACCUCGCUUGAGUACCUCACCCGUGCUGGUCUAUCACCCUCCCUCGCCGCUUACUCGUUGAUCGGUCUCUUCCUGGCCGGUGUCAUUGUUAUCCGCCUGCUGUCUGCCCUGCUCCACCACUACAUUCCUUCCCACGUCGUGGAUUGCGCCCACUCCCACGAACCGCACCCCCCAGCCGAUCUUGAGCAUGGCCGUCAUCAUGACUUCCCAAUCACCGAGAUCAACGGGAGGCCGACGGAACGCACUUCCUUGCUGCCCCGGGCUGACCAAUCCAUCCCGACGGUACCCCGCGAACCUUGGCGCAUGCGCAUAGUCCGGCGUUUCAACCGCCUGAUGGGGGGUGUCAAAACGCAGUGUGAUGAAAGUGGCCCGUGCUAUGGCAUUUCGCAGACCUGUGGCCACGAAUGCUCGAAAACCCUCGUUGCGGUGGGCGACGACAGUUUUCUUCCGCCGAUUUCGCGUUCCAACGCGACCCCCUUACCAAGAGACUCAGAUCAGUUGGUCUGUCAAACCGCGGACCCGCUUGACUCGCACCCAACACCACAGCGUGAGACCAACGCUACUUCCUCUUCCUCUUCUUCGCAUACGGGACUCCCAGGGACCCCCGCGGCGGACGCGAUCAAGUCGGUUCCUUCUGGGAGCCACCAACACCACCACCACGUGCCGCAGAACGCCUUUCUGUCCAUCGGUUUACAGACGUCGGUGGCUAUCGCACUACACAAGCUGCCCGAGGGCUUCAUUACUUAUGCCACCAACCAUGCCAGUCCGACCCUGGGCACGACCGUCUUUCUGGCCCUCUUCAUCCACAACAUCAGCGAAGGCUUCGCAAUGGCCCUGCCCCUCUACCUUGCGCUCCAUUCGCGGGCCAAGGCCAUGUUCUGGUCCAGCCUUUUGGGCGGCAUCAGUCAGCCCGCUGGUGCAGCGCUGGCGGCCCUCUGGAUAUGGGGUGCUCGACAUACUGGCGGACCCGGUGACGAUACCUCUGGUCCCGCGUGGGGGGUAUAUGGAGGCAUGUUUGCGGCAACGGCCGGCGUCAUGACCUCAGUGGCCUUGCAGUUGUUCAGCGAAGGCUUAGCACUUACCCAUCGCCGGGGAAUGUGCAUCGGAUUUGCCAUUGGUGGGAUGGGUCUCAUGGGCCUCAGUUUUGCCCUGACCGCAUGA